AUGGAGUCCCAAUUAAUUCAUACUGUGGAGCUGGGAGAUUGGGCUUUGGGCAUUGCCAGCUUGGAUAAUCAUGGAAUUGUUGUAAGUCUAUCGGAUGGGUCUUUGAACCUGGUAGACUCCAACGGAAAUUUUUCAAGAACAGAUGCUCAUUCUGGAUGCAUAUCGUCACUGAGAAACGUGGAUAAGAAAAAUAUUGUGGCCACCGCAGCAGCGGAUGGAGUCAAAGUUUGGGAUUUUAGAUGCAUAAAUCAAGGACCAGUGUCGAAGUUUUUGAACGAAAAGAAUGUCCCGUUUUUAUCAUUGGAUUUUGAACAUGGACUGCUGGGAGCAGGAUCUGAGCUAGAGGGGACAGAUUCCGAGAUCUAUAUAUGGGAUCUGAGAAAUUCUUCACCCUUGAGAAAACUGUCAGAAUCUCACCAUGAUGAUAUUACAGAGGUGAAAUUUCAUGGAACCAAUAAGGACUUACUACUGAGUGGGUCUACUGAUGGAUAUGUCAACGUAUAUGAUUUGACAUUUCCGGAAGAGGAAGAUGCCCUGCAUCAAGUCAUUAACUUUGCCUCUAUUCAUUCCGCAGACUUUUUAUCUGCUUCAAGGAUUUAUACACUAUCUCACAUGGAAACUUUUGCAAUCCACGAACUAAAUGAUAAAUCCAGUGAUCUAAAGGAACCACAACCAGUUCAAUUUGGAGACGUGAGAGAACCUUGGAAUUGUGAAUACGUUGUAAACAUCUAUCCAGGAUAUGUCGCAUGUGGUUCUAACUCGCAGGAAUCUCUAACUCUCUACCCAUUUCAAAAUGAGAAAGUUGACACGGAACGGAAGUUAACAUUUAAACCCGCACAUGGAGAGGAGGUAGUACGAGAUGUUUUUUUUAAGGAUUCCCGUAUUUAUACUGCUGGUGAGGAUAGUAAACUGAAAAUAUGGCAAAGUUCACAUUGGCCUGCUCCUGAUGGAUCCGUUGACUCUGAAGAAUUACAGACAUCCAAAGACGAGAACUCUUUGAACGAAGAUUAUAGAAAAUUUAAGAAGCAUAAGAAGGAUGGGUCGAAAGAACAGAAAAGUAAAAAGACGAAAAAGGAUAAGCAUUCCAAUAGAUUUAAACCAUACUAG